GGGUGGCGCGGACCAAUGGGAGAGGGGCGCGCGCGGGGGCAGCCAAUGGGAGCUCGCGGGGGAAAUUUGAAGCGGCGGCGGCGACAGCGAAGGGCGGCGGGAUGGCACAGAAGGAGAACGUGGCCCCCAGCCUGACCAAGAGUUUGGUCCCUCCCCCCCUACGGGUGCCCUGCAAGGACCCCUCGGGCUCGGAGCCCCCAGGGAAGGCUCUGCCAGGUGCCGGGCGGGUGCCCCUGGAGCCCAGCGCGGUGCCAGCCCCUCCCCCACCCGUGCGCACCUUCUCGCUGGAGGAUUUCGAGGUGGGCCGGCCCCUGGGCAAGGGCAAGUUCGGGAACGUGUACCUGGCGCGGGAGCGGCGCUCCGGCUUCCUGGUGGCCCUCAAGGUGCUCUUCAAGUCCCAGGUGGAGCAGGAGGGGGUGGAGCACCAGCUGAGGCGGGAGAUCGAGAUCCAGGCGCACCUCAGGCACCCCAACGUGCUCAGGCUCUACAAUUACUUCCACGACCGGCGCCGCGUCUUCCUCAUCCUCGAGUUCGCCCCCCGAGGGGAGCUCUACAAGGAGCUGCAGCGCUGCCGGCGCCUGGACGCCACCAGGACAGCCACACUGAUGGAGGAGCUGGCCGACGCCCUCCUGUACUGCCACGGGCGCAAGGUGAUCCACCGGGACAUCAAACCCGAGAAUCUCCUGCUCGGCCUCAAGGGGGAGCUCAAGAUCGCCGACUUUGGGUGGUCCGUGCACGCCCCCUCGCUCAGGCGGCGCACCCUGUGCGGCACCCUGGAUUACCUGCCCCCCGAGAUGGUGGAGGGCGGCGGCCAUGAUGAGAAGGUGGACCUGUGGUGCCUGGGGGUGCUGUGCUACGAGCUGCUGGCCGGGCACCCGCCCUUCGAGAGCCCCUCGGCCGCCGACACCUACCGCAGGAUCACACAGGUGGACCUGCACUUCCCCCCGCACAUCCCCGAGGGCGCUCGCGAUCUGAUCCAGCGGCUGCUGCGGCGCCUGCCGGGACAGCGCCUGCCCCUGCGGGGGGUCCUGGGGCACCCCUGGGUCAGGGGGCACUCCCGGAGGGUCCUGCCCCCCGGCUACUGCCCCCCCUGACCCCUGACCCACCCUGACCUCUGACCCCUGACCCCUGACCCCAUCACUGCCCCUGCGGGGGGUCCUGGGGCACCCCUGGGUCAGGGGCCACUCCCGGAGGGUCCUGCCCCCGGGCUACUGCCCCCCCUGACCUCUGACCCCUGACCCACCCUGACCCCUGACCUCUGACCCCUGACCUCUGACCCCAGCACUGCCCCUGCGGGGGGUCCUGGGGCACCCCUGGGUCAGGGGCCACUCCCGGAGGGUCCUGCCCCCGGGGUACUGCCCCUCCUGACCUCUGACCCCUGACCCCUGACCCACCCUGACCCCUGACCCCUGACCCCAGCACUGCCCCUCAGGGGGGUCCUGGGGCACCCCUGGGUCAGGGGGCACUCCCGGAGGGUCCUGCCCCCCGGGUACUGCCCCUCCUGACCUCUGACCCCUGACCCCUGACCCCUGACCCCAGCACUGCCCACUGCCCAGCACUGACCCCUGACCCUCCAGGACCUCUGGCCACUGACCCCUGACCUUUGACCCCCCCCCGGACCUUCGGACACUGACCUUUGACCCCUCGGACACUGACCUUUGACCCUUGACCC